AUGAUGUGGAGUUCGAAGAAGAAGAUUGUUGGGAUUAAAGCGUUCAAGAAGACAGGGAACAAUUUAAGCAUGUUCGAAGAGUUUAAGAAACACAUGUCAAAUGAAUUUAAGAUGACAAAUAUAGGGCUCAUGGCAUAUUGUAUCAGCAUUAAAGUACAGCAAGAAGACAAUGGAGUUUUUAUCAUCCAAGAAGGUUAUGCCAAAGAAGUCCUUAAGAAGUUCAAGAUGGAUGAUGUCAAUCCAGUUGGCACCCUGAUGGAAUGUGGCAGCAAAUUGAGUAAGCAUGAAAAUAAAGAGAUUGUGGAUCCAACUCUUUACAAAAGUUUGGUUGGAAGUCUACGUUACUUGACAAGUACAAGGUCGGAUAUUCUCUAUGAUGUAGGAGUCGUAAGUCGUUACAUGGAAGCUCCAACAACAACUCACUUCAAGGUGGUAAAAGGAAUCCUUUGA